AUGAGCCCGCCUUACCCUACUUCUCCCACCAACAUGGCCAUUCCCGAUUCUACCUCCGCCGCUACACCGAACAGGCCGUAUCCGCACAUUGAGGACUUGAAGGAGAGGGCCAAGAUCAGCUCUGUCGACAAGAACCAAUCCCUCAAUCACUUACUCGCUGAAGCUUCGACCGCCGUCAAGCAAGCCGAAAGUCUUGUCGAGUACCGCCGGCCCGAUCUUGCCUAUGUCGAAUAUCUGAGAGCUUUUGAGAUUGCUGUCGCCAUCAUCCCCCAACAUGAGCAAUACCCUACCCUGAGCAGCCGCCGAGGCUCACAAUUCAACCAGCAUCAGUCCAUCCUUCGCAAGAUCAGCCAACUUGCAGAUCGCUUCGACAAAAUCAAGGAAAUUAUCAUUAACGACAACAGGCGGAAUCAUACUCAGAGGGCUUCCGACUCAUCUUCGCGCCGCUCUUCGAUCCAGUCCUCUCCUCCUGCCGCCACCAAUGGCAAUGCCGCCCUCGCCGAUCGCUUCGCCAAAUUGCGCAUGCAACCCGCUCCAUCAGUAGACACAUCUCUCGCGAGCAGGCGACUCGACUCUCGUUCCUCUCUCGCAUCCAGCAAUGGCUCCAUUACCUCCCCUACCUCCUACAGCAACCGCUCCUCUAUCGACUUCUCCAACUCUUCGCUCGCAAAUGGCUCCUCAGUCAGACCUGUCGGCCCGAGGCAGAUGCCUAAUGGUGUCCCAGGUCACCCGUUUGCAAAUCGCAUGACUCUCGACACAUCUGUCAAAGACGCCUUACCUAUGGCUCCUGCUCCUGCCUAUAGUCCAGCCCGCAACAUGCACACUCCCAGUAACAUUGUUCCUCCAAGGACUACUGCCCGUAGUAUGGUCGGAACAGGUGGAAGGAACAAUUCUGUCGCUUCAUCUGCCUCUACUUACGCUCCAGGAAAUGAAGGAGAGGAGUCGGCUGGCUACUUUCCUCGUAUGUUACAGGAUCGGCCACCAUCAGGCCCACCUCGACGAAAGUCAAUACACCGUCCGACAGAAUUGCGCAUCGGCUCUGAACGACUCUACGACUACUUGAAGAUGCACAGCGUUUUAUUGAUUGAUGUUCGAAAUCGACAAGACUUUGACGACGGCCAUAUAUAUGCUCAGUCCAUCAUCUGUAUUGAGCCAGCUGCACUCGAGCCCAACAUGUCUGCCGAACAGCUCGAAGAUGCGCUCAUCCUGUCGCCAGACGCAGAACAAACAAUGUUUUACAACCGUCACAAAUAUGAUAUUGUUGUCUACUACGAUCACAACACCUCUUCAGAAAGCUUCAUUCACCGCCCGACGACAGAAAGAGAAAGAUAUCUCAAGUACCUGUACGAUGCUCUCUACGAAUUCAACUCGGAGAAACCUCUACAGCGGCCGCCGAUCUUGCUGAUGGGUGGUAUCGAAGGAUGGGCCGAGUUGGUUGGUGAUCAAGCGCUGAAAAGAACAAACACUGUUGCACAACAAAAGUCCGGCCGCCCGAUCAGAAGAGUACCAGUGGCCAGCAAGGAGUCACGAUUAUACGUCCCCAAGAAACGACUACGAGACUAUAACCCGCUUGAUGCUGAAGAAGAGAGAAAAUGGCACGAAAGGGCUCGCGUGGAGAGCGUGGUCGUUGAACGAAAACCAUCUCUCGACGAAGGUGACGAGUCGUGGCAGGCUGAGAAUGGCACACCAUCAUAUCAGUCCAUCGAGGAGUUUGUCCGGCGAUUCCCAGAAGCUGGUUCUCUGGAGCAGCGAUAUGGUGUCCAAGAACAUCCUGCAUCUCUACUACCAGCACGACCACCACAAGUCCCAUCAUACCCAACACCUCCGCCAAAGUCAGCGAUGCCUUCAAUUCCAUCACGGCCGGUCCCUGCUGCAGCGCGUGUGUCGUAUAGCGGCGUCAGUGACCAUCGUAGCGUAUCUGCUCAGAGCACUGGCUCUACAUCUACAGAUCUCGCACCAUAUGUCCCUCCGAAGUACUUGCCCACUAAUUUACGACUACCACGAACUGGUCUUGUCAACUUUGGCGUCACUUGUUACAUGAAUGCCACGAUCCAAGCCCUAUCUGCAACUACCCCGCUCACGCUCUUCUUCCUUGACGACAGAUUUAAAACUCUGGUGCAACGAGACAACUGGAAAGGCAGCAAAGGCGUGUUGCCCGAGCUGUAUGCGAACCUGGUUAGAAGUAUCUGGAAAGGAGAUGUUGAAGCUAUUCGUCCAAGCACACUCCGAUCAUUCUGUGCUCGUCUUAAUAGCGAGUGGGGUAUUGAUCGUCAGCAAGAUGCAAAAGAGUUCUUCGAUUUCUUAGUGGACUGUCUACAUGAAGAUCUGAACAAGAACUGGGCGAAAACACCACUCAAAGCCCUGACGGCGGACCAAGAAGCCACACGCGAGAAGAUGCCCAAGCCGAUAGUCUGUCGAACAGAAUGGGGCAGAUAUACCCAUCGCGAGCAAUCUUAUCUCACACAGCUCUUUGGUGGUCAGCAUGCCUCUCGCCUACGAUGCACGACUUGUCACUUCACGUCCACAACAUACGAAGCAUUCUACAGCAUAUCGGUUGAAAUUCCACGUUCUGGUGCUUCCAGCAUUCAAGACUGUCUGAGGUCGUAUUGCGCAGAAGAAAGACUAUCUGGUGAUGAAGUUUGGAAAUGUCCACGUUGCAACCGCGAGCGCGAGGCCACAAAACAAAUCACCAUCACUCGGGCUCCACAAUUCCUUGUCGUUCAUUUCAAACGCUUCAGCGCUGGUCGAGGCGAGUCGGCACGGAAAGUCCGUACACCCAUUGACUUCCCGCUCAAGAACUUGGACAUGUCGCCAUAUAUGCUGCCAUCGCCGAGUGAACAAGAUGUUCAACUCAUUACAAAGCAGUACGGUGCUGAUGCGCUGAAGCCUGAUUCUACUAUGCAACCGCCAUAUCUUUACGAUGCAUACGCCGUCAUGAGACACAUCGGCACGACUCUCACAUCUGGCCACUAUACAUGUCUUGCCAAAGAUAGAGCGAGGAAUUGCUGGAGACAAUUCAACGAUACUUGGGUGGGUGACUUUGACCCUGAGAGGUUAAGCGAGCGCGAUCGUCUGCAGAACGAGAUGGCAUAUAUAGUGUUUUACGAGCGAAAUUCGGGAAAUUGA